AAAUAAUUGUGGCGGGGGGGGGAGGAAGGAAGCAGAAAAGCUCCCUCCCAAAUCAGGCAGCUGUUCCUGAACCUAAGACUUUACAAGCGCAUGGAGCCAUGAUUGCUAGCUUGUAGGCUGUGUGCAGCUAGGGCGACGUUGUGUGCGUGAGUAUAGUAGAGUGUGUGUGUGAGAGAGAGCGAGAGCGAGAGCGAGUCAGUGAGUGUUUGUGUGCAUGGGGACUAGCAACCGCGUCUGCUUGAGCUCAGCGCCAGCAAUGCCGCCGCCGAUCUCGCUUGUGGUAUUUUUGUACGGGGGGGAGGCUUCGGAGUCCUCUCCUUUUUCCCCCAUCCGAGUGGGAGUGUGUAUAAAGGCGGAUCGGAGGAAGGGGGAACCCAGAGAUUAAAGAAGGAGAAGCGGACGAAGAGUGGAUGCGUGUUCGAAAACAACAACAACAACAGCAGGAGGGUGGUGGUGGGGAAUCUGCAAAAGAGAAACUUAUGGAAGAAUGAAGGAGAUGGUUGGUGGUUGCUGCGUCUGUUCUGAUGAGCGGGGCUGGGCAGAAAACCCCCUGGUGUACUGUGAUGGGCAUGGCUGUAACGUGGCGGUGCAUCAAGCGUGCUAUGGAAUUGUUCAGGUUCCCACGGGACCAUGGUUCUGUCGAAAAUGUGAAUCCCAAGAAAGAGCCGCCAGGGUGAGGUGCGAGUUGUGUCCCCAUAAAGACGGAGCGCUGAAGCGGACAGAUAAUGGAGGCUGGGCCCAUGUCGUCUGUGCUCUGUACAUCCCUGAGGUGCAAUUCGCUAAUGUUCUCACCAUGGAGCCAAUUGUCCUCCAGUAUGUGCCCCACGAUCGGUUCAACAAGACUUGUUAUAUAUGUGAAGAACAGGGCAGGGAGAGCAAAGCCGCCUCUGGAGCCUGCAUGACCUGCAACCGGCAUGGCUGUCGACAAGCCUUCCACGUCACCUGUGCUCAGAUGGCCGGGCUCUUGUGUGAAGAAGAAGUCUUAGAAGUCGACAAUGUGAAAUACUGUGGCUACUGCAAGUACCACUUCAAUAAAAUGACAUCACGCCAUUCCGGAGGUGGUGCUUUCAUCGCAGGGAGGAGGAGCCGGUCAGCUUCACCUGCACAAGAGAAGCCCGUGUCCCACCACGAGAAACCAAAGAAGAGCCGGAAGGACAAGGAAAGGCCCAAACAGAAGCACAAGAAGCGUUCAGAGUCACCCACCAGUCUCACACUGACCUCCGCACCCAUUGUCACGGAGAAGCAGAGUUCUACGAACCACCACGAGAGCAGUAAAGAAACCUCUGAGGUCAUCCGAUCAGAAGUGAAAGGCAAAAAGCCAUCAAGCCAUGGCACAGGCCACAAGGCCAAGAAGUCAGGAAGUGGGAAAAGCUCAACAGGGUUCACUUCAUCCUCUUCCAGCGGGGUUUUCCCGCCUGCAGGUACCUCAUGCAGCUCCUUGCCCUUCUCCCAGGACUUUGUGACCUUUCCGAAGCUUGAGCAGCCACAGCAGCAGCCGCAGCCGCAGCCUCCGCCGCCGCAGCAGCAACAACAACAGCAGCAGCCCCCUGAGGAAGAGAAAUACCGCAAACCUGUCUCUUCCUCCUCUUCCUCCACCCAUUGCUCCCCACUGUAUGAAGGGCCGAAAGGAGAUGUAUUUGAGCAAAAAGUGAUCUUCUCGGGCUUUGGCUCCAUCAUGCGCUUCUCCACUUCCGCCGUCAGCCAGCAGAGAGGUCGUGAUGCUUCCCCCGUGGACUACAAGGCCUCAAACUCUAUGAGCACCGCCACUGGGGGGAGCAGUGGGGGCAGCGGCAGUGGACACAAGCGGAUGCCAUCCCUCAGCAUGGAAGAGGGGGAAGUCCUGAAGGAAAAAAAGCACAAGGCCAGUAAGAAGAGCAAGCACGGGCCAGGGAGGCCAAAAGGGAGCAAGAACAAGGAGGUCCCAGGUGCCCAGCUAGUGGGGUCCACAGCAACCUCCUCUUCACCCUUCUCCGGCGGGUCCCUGGUCAGCUCCAGCAUUGGCGGAUCCUCGCGGCCUUUCAGCCAUGCAGCAACCCUUCCAAGCCUCAGUCUGGAAUCUCCACUUCUGGGUUCAGGGAUCUAUACAAGUAACAAGGACCCCAUUUCACAUGGCGGUGGGGGACUCCGGACAGUGUGUAGCACUCCACUCUCCUCCAGCCUUCUGGCUCACCAAGGCACUUCAUCACUCCCCCAGCUCACCCGUUCUCCCUUUGCUAGCACCGUCCCAGCUUCCUCCUCUUCCUCUGUCUCCACGACCCAGGUAUUCUCACUGGCGGGAUCUACUUUCAGUCUCCCCUCCUCGCACAUUUUUGGAAGUCCUCUCACCUCUGGGCUGUCCAUCAAUCCCCUGCUGAACCAAUCAGAAAGCAACCGGGCAGAACCAGAUUUAGAAGACUGUAAUUUUGCUUGCCGGGGGGCAUCACCCCAAGAAAGUCUCUCUUCCAUGUCCCCUAUCAGCAGCCUUCCCACCCUCUUUGACCAGACGGUGUCGACCAACAGUGGGCAGCUGGAAAAUGUCCCCCAGGCCACACCAAACAUCGAGCAGCUUCUGGAGAAACAGGGCAAUGGCGAGGCCGGCGUCAACAUUGUAGAAAUGCUCAAGGCACUCCAUUCCCUCCAGAAAGAGAAUCAGCGUCUCCAGGAGCAGAUCAUGACUCUGGCAGCUAAGAAGGAGCGCCUGCAACUCCUGAACGUCCAGCUUUCUGUCCCUUUCCCAGUGGUGACCACCAGCAAUGGCCCCUCGGGCCACGCCCAUUACAUCCUGGCUCCCAACGCAUGCAACAGCGACUCGCUGAGUGUCAGCAAGAGCCCACCCUGCAAGAACAGUUUUGGCAUUGAGAACUCGCUCUCCACUUCCUCUGAGGAUCCUCACUCCGGCUGCCCAAGUAGAAGCAGUUCCUCCCUCUCCUUCCAUAGCACACCUCCUCCACUGCCCUUGCUGCAACAGAGCCCUGCUUCCCUCUCACUCACUACUGGGUUACAGCAGCAGCCACCAGUGAAUGGCUUGGCCAGAGCCAUAGGGACCGCCCAUGGAGGAGGGGCUACAGCCAAUCACAGUCUGGUGGAUGGUCUCCUUGGAAACAUGGCGGGAGGACAGCAGCAGGUCCCCCUCAAUGGUAUCCUAGGAAGUCUGAAUGGAGCAGUGGCCACCCAGAUGCAGAAUCCCCUCUUGGCACAAGCUGGCGGACUCCCAAAUCUGCAGCUCUCCACCAGCCAAACCAGUAUGUCUGGCACGAGCCACCUGACAGAGCAGCAGCGGCAGCUCCUCAACCAGCACGAGCUCCAACUCCAGCAGUUACAGCAACUCUUGACGUCACAGCCACUCAAUCCGGAACAGCAGACCUUGGUGUUCCAGAUGAUACAACAGAUUCAGCAGAAAAGGGAGCUGCAGCGCCUCCAGAUGACUGGCUCCUCCCAACUGCCUAUCACCGGCCUCGUGCCAGCUACCUCCACGUCCCUCCUCCACUCCAGCACGGCACCAUCCACCGCCAGCAGCACCCUCCUGACCUCCAUCUCCCCUCAGCAGCUCAAUCCAGCCAGUUCCCUGAUGGCUUCCUCACCGCUCAGUGCCCCUGGAAACAGCCUCAUGUCGGCUGCGGCAGGGGCAGCUAUUCCAGCUGUCCUCACUACACAAACCAACCCUUUCCUCAGUCUACAGGGUGACAGCGGCAGCCAGAAAGGAAUGAGCAUGAAUGAAAAGGGAGGUGCCUCAGUUCAGGACAAGGGCUAACUUUGGUGAUUCAAGGCUACUCUUUGCCAUAGGAAAAUAAUCUCUCCCUGAGCCAUGGAUCCCGAAAGGUAGAGCAACCGCAUGCAAGACUUCUGAGAAAGUCUUCCUGCUGUGGGCAGGGCAACACCAAGCGGAGGUGCGUCAGGAGUCCAUGUUCCUUGGUUCUGAACCUGCUGUCCCAUGUCCUUCCAAAGAAGGCAGCUGAAGUGGACACACCCUCUCCCUUGCUGGCUUUCUCGACAAUGCUGCACUUAUUUCAAGAGAAGUUGCACUUCAGGGGAAAAGAAGGGGAAGACAUCUGCUCAUCCUCAGACACCUGUGGAUCCCAUCGCUAAAGGUGGGGGUCUGCUAGCUGGAUUGUGGCCACGUUAUCCUAGCAGAUAAUGCUCUGCAGAGCAGGGCAUUUUCAAACCACGGCUAAGAAAUCCAGCAGUCUAUUCAGAAGCAGGAAGGUCCAGCCACAGCAAAAUAGGAAGGGAUGGAACUUUUGAGGUCUCCAUUGCAUAAGAGGGCAAGAAAGGGAAAGUGUUAGCUGGAGUAACCCCACAAGAAUCCUGCACCGUAAAGGUCUUCAGAUGUGCUCAUGAAUGUGGCUUCCCUAAAACUUACUGGGACAUGGUUCUUCCAGGGGGGCGGGGGGGGAACCAAUCUCAGUGAGACUGAGAGCAGCCAUCUUUGUUCUCCCAAAUCUCCCCCAGUCAUUACGAGACUCUCUCUUAGUAAUCAGCCUAAAGGAAACCAUCCCUAACUUCCAUGCUGAAUAAGACACUUCUCUUCCUCAUCGUUGGGAGCCUUUGUAGGCAGCCUAUGGUUUAGAAGACCAGGACCAGUACAUGUCUUUGCUUACCAUCAAGAUGCUUUCCAGUCACUCAGAAGGAUGUUUUCGUUCUUUGAUGGUCUGAGUCAAAAGCCAACACCAAAGAGGCGGGAUGGAGACUUUAUCUAAGGGCAGCAGCUGUUCCUUCCAUCUCCAAAGCAGCUCUGUUCUGGUAAAGAACAUCCUUUUCCACAAUAGGUGGCACUAGGCUAAAUUCUAGCUGAUCAGAACGUUGGUCUUCCCAUCACUGCAAUUCCUGCCGUAACUCUCUUUUGAAACCAGGUUCCUCAGCAAAGGCACCAGCUCCCUUCUGCCUUCAGUUUUUGUUUUUGUUUUUGUUUUGGAAGGAUGCUGUGAUGAGAGGAAAUGAGGCUCAAGGCCAGAUGUCUUGAGGCACUCCACCCAGCCCCAACUUUGCUGGAUAAUCCAGAUAUCUUAAGGGGUGAGACUCCCGGUGACUGAAAUACUGAGGGUCUUAAAAGGUUUUUCAUGCCUCCAUGGAUAUACAGUCAUUUUAGACACAUCCCCACCACCUCUUCCAAUUUGCACUAUUCUGACACAUCGGUGGUGAGCAUGUGCUGAUGAUCCCCGAAAAAACCACUGCUGUUCAAAUCCAUCGUGUGUGUGUGUGUGUGUGUGUGUAUGUGUGUGUGUGCGCGCGCGCUUUGUUUUUUGUUUUCUUUCUGUUCUUUCUUUCUUUCUUUUUGAAAACAAAGAAAAAUACCUGCCACAGGGUGGAGCUGGACUUUUAAAAAAAGAAGAAAGAGAUGGCAACUUUUCAGGAUUUUAUCUUUUGCCGUGUUUAUCUUAUUCAGACAGAUGUGCUUGAUUCCAAAUGUUGGUUGUGGGUGAGUGCGUGAGUGUGUGUGUGUAUUGUUUAAGGUUCUGUUUUGCUUUUUUAAAAAAGAUUAUGUUUAACAGAAAGCUACUGGAAACUAAAGCUACUGGAAACUGACGAGAACAGCAACUAUUCCAAGUGGAAAUUAGAAAGCACCUCUUCCUGGCAGCUUUGGCACAGAUUAAGGAGCAGCUACAAAACAAAACAAUGUUUGACAUUCUCUCCCUUCUCUUCAGUUGAGUGUUAAAAACACGGACAGACAGAAGCCUCCAUCAACGUGAUGCACUUAUUGUUUAGACAGAAAAUCUCACCUUUGAAAUGCAUCCAGAACAGCAUUUCUUAUCGCAUUCCAAUUCCAUUUUGCCCUCCACUAUAUUAUUGGUACUCAUCUUCUUGGUCUCCAUCUAACUGUCCACAUGUGCAGUUGGCUUGCCAAUACUGAAGAAAAUCAGCAAUUGCACAGAUCAGCUGUUUGGUGAGGAGUGAAUAGUGACAGGGACUAAAUCCAACUCUUUGGUCCUCCUCCCAAACAACUGAUGGGUGCUAUCUCCAGUUUUCUCAUCGGGCUGACAAGAAGUCAGCCUUGCAGCUGGAUUGGGAAGGAACAGCUCCUGCAGCACUUUUGGAGUUCCUCAUCCAGAUAGGUAUGCAAAUCUAUGUUCCCUAGCAGGAUUGGAGUAUAUUUCCUUCCCAACCAUAUGCACUUGCUUCUCCUACAAUUGCAGGCUUGACCUUACUAAAUUCCUUGCCCCCUUCCAUAAAUGCUGAAUUUGCACAGUUGCACCCAUACACACCCAAAUACAUUUGAUGCAGUGUGCCAGGGGGUGGUGUUGGGGAGUAACUUGAGAUGUGGUUUUGAAGUGGCAAUGUUUUCCUUCAGCUAAAAAAAAUGCAAGUGAAUGGGCACACAGGUGGAUAUGGUAAGCAGGUGCAAAGGAGCAAAUUCAUUAUUAAUGUUUAAAAAGCAGAAAAGGUCUCUACACUUGAGGAAGGAGGACUGGGCACUAGCUGGGGAGAAGGGCAGGUUCAGGUGAGGACCUAGAAUUCUGCGAUCCUAGGUGUGAGAUCCUCUUGACAAGCAAACAUUUGCCUACAGGAGUGUCAGUGGAGAGCGUUUAUGGGUUCAGAGAUAUGCUUGAUUCUCUCCACUGCAAACCACACAGCACCCCCUGAACCCCAAGGGACUGUGCAGGGAUAGCAUGCUUUGGUCAAGUGGUGGAGAUGUGGCAGAAGAACACAACGCGACGCUUUGUUUUUCAGUGCCACUUCCCAUGCACGAGGUCAAAAGCUGAGCUAUCAUUCUGUACUGUAUGUGGCUAAAACAACCAUUAUAGGAUGUGUGAUCAGGGGCACGUGCAUUCCACAUGUCUGUGAUCAUGCAAACAGCUGUAGCAUUUUCUGUCAGCAACCUGAGAAUUGCUUGCAAAGCAGACUUCUAGCAGGUGACAGGCCUGGAAAUGUGUGGGUUGUGCUUAAUGAGAUCUCAGAAGCCAGAGGGGGAUGUUGACAAGGCCCUGGUCAAAGAGUGGGGCAUCAGUGCUCUGUGCAGCUCCUUGCCUCUCCCCAUGGCUAGCAGAAGGAGAGUUGAGGUGCAUCCAAGGUUGUAUUCUGAGUGCUGUGGAAGCAGAUACACUGCAUUUUGUUCAUAUGAGCAGUAUUUUCCCCAGGAUCAUGUUUUGGAGAAACCAACUGCAUGUCUGGGGCAGAAGUUGUCUGUGCAUGGCACUGAUUGGCUGGAAGUGUGUGUUGUCACAAACUCACUUCCCCAGGAGAACAGCAGCCAAUUUGAUGAGAUGUAUGUCUGCCAAAAACAUCACGAAGGCUGAGUGUGGGUCAGGAAGUCAAGCUAACUCUAGUGGGAGGUGGGGGAAACACCAGUUCUGUCAGGGUGGCCGAGAGUUUUUUUCAUUCAUCUAGGAAUUUCUUUAUCAGAAGCAUAUUGUUUAACCAGAGAGAGGAUAAUUUAUUAAUAGAUUUUUUACUGUUUGCCCAAUAAAUUAUAUGUCAAAUGGAAAUAAAGGUCCUAAUACCCAGGCAAGGCAGUCUGCUGCUGGAUUUGGUAAGGAGAGUCUGUAGUUAUCUGUUGCUCCUGGUUCUUUUGACGGAUCAGAACAUGAAUUAUUCUGUUGCUCAGUCAUGGAUAAUUGGACUGAAGAGGUUCUCUGCAAAGGCCAGUUCUGCAAAUUCUCUGCAAAGAGCCAAUUCUUUGCCAUUCUUUGCAAUUCUCUGCAAAGGUCAAGGUUGACUCUGCAAACCAAAAAAUGGUUUCAAUGGUUCCAGGCUGCAUUGUCAUUUGCCUCUUUCCUAAAUGCCUUCCCUUCAGGGGAGAAGAAAUCUGUAAUUCUGGAUUGAUUUUGUAUAUAGGAUGCUACAUCCUCAGUUACAGGAAUUAGACCAACUCUCUCUAGUAAGUACCAUUUCACAAUAACAAACAAACCUCUCCAAAGACAAUACAAUAUGGAGUCAAAACAAUAGGGUAAGGAAUGCUAAGGGACCUCUAACAAAAGCCGAGUGACAGGAGAGAUCAGGCUCACCAUUCUGGAGAGUGGGCAACUCUUAUCACCCCUCAAAGAGAGGAGAAGGAUGAUGACAGCUUCUCAGCUGCAGGUCUUCAAGACUUCUUCCUUCAAGGAGACAGUUUCUGCUUCAUGCCUCAACAAUAGAGAAAGAUGAUGGAAGUAAAAGUGAGGAGAAUUAAAAGGAAGCACUUAUUGAUUUCUGGCAUCAUUCAAAGGCCCACUUUCUCUUUUCAAAGUGUCGGCUCUGUUCACCUCCAUCCAGCCUCUGCUUCAGCUGCAAACUCUCCUCCCAGCCUGGUCUGUUUCAGACAUUACUUUAUAUCAACUUGGGUCCAUAAGGUCUGCAUUCGCUUCAUUUUUGAAUGGCUGGAUUGAGGUUGGUCAGCAACCAGCUGCCCUGUUCACCACCACCUCACUUGCCAAAGGCAGAACAUCUGGGAAAGCAGAGAGGUGGGAGAAAGGGCAUGCUAAGGAGUAAGGGGGACAUAAUUAGGCUGUUCACACAACCAAAAACUGGGUAGGACAAGUGUCCUACCCAGGUUUGGGAGCUGUGCACACUCCCAAUUUUGCGGUGUGGGGGAGCAAACAACUAGGUAGGAGGAGGGAGAAGGGAUUGUGUGGGAGCUGGGAAGGACAGCUUUUUCUCCUACCUUGGUCAAAGGCUGGGUAUGACAACACUGCCCUACCCUCUCCUGUCCCCCACACAGUCACUCCUCCAUCUUCCUACCUAGUUGUUUUUCCCCACACAACCAGACAUUGGAAGCACACACAGCUCCCAAACCUGGGUAGGACACUUGUCCUACCCAGUUUUUGGUUAUGUGAACAGCCUCAGUAGCUGUUAUCUUGGUGAUGGGAAGGUGGGAGGGUGGUGGCCACAUUGAGGAAUAGAGAAACUUAACUGUUGCCAUCUCAAAAUGGUCCAGAUGCAACCCUAUAGUGAGGCAAAGGGUGACAGUAGAUUUUUGUGCCCAUCGAGUGACAAAGUGGGAGACAGACCUAACUCAUAGGACACAAUCCACCAGAGUGUUCUCCUACACAAGUGAACAGAAGCUGCACAAGUGCAUGACAGCUUUUUUCAAUGGGACUUACACAGGGGAAAGUCCCAUAGAUUGCACUCCAUGUUCAUCAGUGCAAGGUAGGAGAACGUUUUGGGUUGUUGCUGUUGUUUUAAUGUAUAAUAAAUAAAAAUGUUCAGGCUUGCCAAGUAUCUUGGGUCAGCCCUGGGAUCCCCCAGUAAAUCUGGGUUGCUGUCCAAGGGGAUACUCUCACUCAGGGCCACAUGUCCCAUUUUAUUUCUUCCAGUGUGUCUUCAAAAUAUAUUAGGCUCAUUCACAUGAUGAUGAGUGGGGUAGGAGAGGCAUCCAGCCCUAAUUUGGGAGCUGUGUGAACUCUAAUAGAUCUCUAUAGAUACCCUCCAUUCAUCUGUCAAAUCCCCUUUCAAAGCCACCUAAGCCAACAACACAGCUUUAACAGUGAAUUCCAUAUGUCAAAAGAUGGGAGAAAUAUGUGAAGAAAUUAUUGGUUUUGUUGGGAAGUUUUUAAAAACUUUUUUUUUUAAAGAAAGACAUUUUUAAAAAAUCUUUCUAUUCUCUAUUUGACCAAUUAAGGGGAACAUACAGGUGCAUGUAUGUUUCCCCUAAUUUAAGCAAAUAUUAGGAGGUGUAAUUCAGGUUGGGAAAAUGAUGCAAGAUGAAAAGCUUUAAGCAUCUCAUUCAGCACCAGAGUCCCAGGGCAAUUCACCACCACCAACAAGCUGCUGCUUUUAGAAGAAAAGACACAAGAGAUCUAAUAACAUCUCCACAAUAUCAGCUACAUUGGCUAUUAGGAAUUUUAUUUCUGAACUAAAAAGCCCCAGACACUACGGCCUUUCUUCACAUAGAAGGUGCUCCAAACCCAAUGAUUAUUUUUUAUUGUCUUUUCUGCACCUUUUCUAGCAGAUAUACCACCACCACCACAACAAACCUGGAUAUCAGAAACAACCUCCCAAGAAUGAAACUGAUUUGAAAUUGACAUGUCUCUUAUCCUUGGAAAGUUAACAUGGGACUUAAGCUCCAUGAUAAAAAGUGAUGUUUGAAACAGACUAGAAGUGCACUUUGAAAGAGCACUGUGGUCUCUUUUGGCAGGGAUAGAAUGGAAAUAAAAUCUAAAAAGAUAAAAGUUCCACACCUUGGUUGCACUGGGGUAUGUUUCGUUACCCAUCUUUUGAUGCUAAUGUCUCAUUUUAGAACAUUGCCUGUGUCUUUAACACCCUGCUCUGUUCCCAGUUGUUAUUUUUAAUUAAAUAAGAGGAAAAUAUGUGUAUAUUUUUGGCAAUUAAGGUAAUGUAGCUAAGAUAUAUUUUUUUCAUGCUGCUUGACUGUUCUUUAUUAUAAUAAAUAUUAAUAUCAAAAGCUUUUUUUAAAAAAACACCAGAAAAUGUAAUAAAACCAUGGUUGUUUCCACCUCACCCAAAUUAACUAAGUAUGGUAUGAGAAUGGGAGGUUUUUGGUUGUUGUUUUAACAUAAGCAUUGGCAAAAGUAUUGAGAUUUACUAGCUGUGUCGGAAAUGUCCAAGUUAAAAAAUGUCAGUAUAAUGUGUGCUUGGAAAGGAACGAAACUGGAUAUAAGUAAGAAUUUUCAGAAGCCCCAAUUCAGCAAAAAGAGAAGCACGCUGUCAAGCCACAGAAAGCAGAAGAUACUAUCCCAAAGACUUAUGGGGGAAAGUCAUUAAUAAAAUAAUUCAAAACUCAUUCCAGUGGAUUUUGAGCAUGUGAAGCUCUUCAUCCAGGAAUUGUAAAUUUAUAUAUAUUUUAAAAAUCAAUUUAAAAAUCAAAAAAUUUAACAAAUGUUCUGUUAUUACACAAGUAUAAUGAUCUCACAGGAAUGAAGGGAUUUCUAACAAAACCAAAUACAUCUCUCCCUGAAGUAGGAAUGGAAAGCAACUAAACAAAAAUUAAGAGGUUUAAAAAGUCUCUUGUAUAAGUUGAUGAUAGAUUUAUUAAGUGCCGUCAAGUCGGUGUCAACUCUUAGCAACCACAUAGACAGAUUGUAUAAGUUGAUACCAGAUUUUUAUUAUUAUUAUUUCUUGUUUACACUGUCAGACAGGUAUUAUCGACUGGUUUGUUUUAUCCAGACAUCGAGUCCUUCCCAAGGACCUGGGAUGCCAGAAUUUUAUUGUCAGUUGUUAUAGAUAUCGUCGCAGAAUAUAGGCUGUUCCCAGUAAAGCUGCUUUUUGUAAUUGGCUGAUGGUGAUUUCUGUGGCCCCUAUGGUGUUGAGGUGUUCUUCAAGGUCUUUUGGAACUGCACCCAGGGCGCCAAUUACCACUGGGAUUAUUUUGGUCUUUUUCUGCCACAGCCUUUCAAUUUCAAUUUGUAGAUCUUUGUAUUUGUUGAUUUUUUCUAUUUCUUUUUCUUCUAUUCUGCUAUCCCCUGGUAUUGCUAUGUCGAUUAUUUUCACUUGUUUUUCUUUGUUCUCGACUAGAGUUAUAUCUGGUGUAUUGUGUGGCAGAUGUUUGUCUGUUUGUAGUCGGAAGUCCCAUAAUAUUUUUACAUUUUCAUUUUCUACCACUUUUUCAAUUUCACAAUAUUUCUUUUAUACACAUUGGCCGGCAUCCAGACUGGAUUACCCCUCCUGAGUAGUCCCUUUGAAAUUAUGUAGUCCUUUAGAGUAACCCUUGAGUAAUGCUAUUGAGUAAUUUAGUCUGGCUGUCAGCCAUUGAAUCCAGUUGGGAUCCCUAAUUGACUGAAUUCCAGCCUUGGCACUGGAAGAUGUGAGAAUUCUGGAUCACUUUGAAUGCGCAGACUAUUUUAAUGGCACCUUUAGAAUAAUUCCUUCUGCUUUCUGUGGAGUGAACAUAAUAUGUGUGUAGAAAAGAUGAAUCUGCUACACUGGAUUCACACACACACACACACACACACACACACACAGAGAGGCUUCUGUGUGGUGGAUGGUGAAGACCCUAUCUAGCAAUGGAACUACGCAUGCAACUUCAGGAUUUACCCAAAGGGAUUUCUUAUGGGACUGCAUGUGUGUUACACAUGCUGUCUGUGAAAGUGCAAUGGUAUUCCUAGUCAAUGGUGCCUAUGAGGAGGGCAGGUUUCCUGUUGGUUCAAAAUUCACUACUUACAAGUACCCAACCCAAAUGAGAGCUGAGUCUUGAAGCCCUGAUCUUGCACACCAUUUGAAGCUCAGCAAUAGAGCCCAAGAGAGGAAACUGAGUCAGAGGCUCCCUUUGAAUGGCGAGUUGGACAACAAUGCAGGAAAUAGUUGAGACAGGUAAUCAAAUGUAUCUUCCACCCUCUUACUAGGCAGUUCCUGUUCCUGCUCAGUACUGGGGCAGCCAAUUAAAAAGCAAGAUUACUGAAGGCAUGGGUGGAGGUUAUUUGCUAUGGAUUAUUUGGAAGGCUGCUUCAUGCUUUGCAGAAAAUAUACAUUUCAGCAUUGCACUGUGACAUGGAGGAGAGAUGCAUGCUUGAAAACCCAGGAGCUGCAGUUGGUCAAAUGUCCCAGUUGUGUAUUUAUUUACUGCAUGUCUUUAGACAUGAAUCCCCCACACACAUUACAUUAGGUAUAUGAAGAUACCAGGAUGGGAGCAUGCCAUUUCUGUGAUGGAAAGCAGCACUGAGAGUGAAUGUUAGAAGGUCAGAAAAUGCCAGUAUGAUGUGAGGGACACACACCUACUGCUGCAUUCCCUAUAGAGCUGUUGCCCUGUCGUGUGACCCCAUGCAGCAACAUUAUGCGUGUGAACAUCACAGCCAUUUGGGCAAAGCUGACCAUGUGGUGCUUCCAGACCUAGUUGCUCCCUCAGCAAGAGGAGGAUGGUUGUAUGGGAAAGAGCCACAUUAUCAUCAAUUCUGUCUUAUGAAGUUCACCACCUUGCUCCCAUUUGGCAGUGGUUCUGUGUGUGAGUGAGCAUAAUUUGAAUCAGAUGGCUGUUUGGAGGGAUCUGUGUCACAUGUGCGGUUCAUUUUCUGUCAGUUUUCUUCCUUCUAGCAUCUUUGGAGAGAUAAGUAAAAUAUAGAAGAAACACACCCAGGAGUUGUAAUUGGAAUUCUCAGUUGCAGAGAGCACCCAUUUCUCCAUGUUGCAGAGAGCACCCUAAAACUAUUCUUAGUGUACAUCUUGUUGGGUAGCAGGAAACAGAUGUAACAGCCCAGUUAAAGUUGCAGCUGCCGGUUGGCUACCUAUCUGAACAUUCGCUUCCUGUCACUGGGGGACUCUAUUGUUCAACUCCAAUGUACAAGAGCAGGAAUUCAAAUCUGUGUUCGGGGCCGUAAACGGAAAACCACCACUGUUUAAUGUGGGGAUACUACAGAGGAGCCACAGCAUUUCACUGGAUAUUUUAAAGGCAACGUGACCAAAUAUUUUACUGAAGACAGAUGCCAGUGGUAUUGUAGGGGCAUCGUUGCCCUUGGCAAACAUUCACGUUGCUUUCAUCCCACAGUUGUCUCUGGUCAAACAGGAUUUUGAAAUAUUAGAAAACCCUGAAAAACAUGUUUACCAGAGGCAAUAAUAGGUGAAUAUGCACAUUACAAUUAUGUUUCUACCAAACCACCAUCACAUUCACUCUUCUAAAACAAUCAUCUAGCUUUGUAGUGUUUACUGGAUGUCUCUUUCUAGUCAAUGCAACCCAUGUGCAAAAAGAGUUUUCUAUCAGUGAUCUGCUGAACUAGGGGAGCAAAAGCCUGCUAUAAGAAGAAAGGAAACAGUAUGUGUGGGUGUGCUGGAGGGAACUCAUCUACAAACCCAUGCUUACUCUAGAGCAGGCUGCUCAUCUUCGGCUCAUCUUCGGCCCUCCUGCAGAUGUUGGCCUACAACUCCCAUAACCCCUGGCUAUUGGCCACUGUGGCUGGGGAUUAUGACAGUUGUAGUCCAGUAACAGCUGGGAGGCCUACAUUGAGCAGGCCUGUUCUAGAAAUUCCCAUACACUCCAGUUUGCUGCAAACUGGGUUCUAUUUAUCUGCCUCUUCAGUAGGCUGACCACAGCUUUCUGAUAGUCCUGCCAUUCUGUGGAAUAUGGGAAUGGCCUAGCAAAAGUUCGGUCCAAACUUAAUAGAAUGCCCUUCGGUUUCUUAUUCUUUGUGGAAGAUAUUGAGGUGGGUCUCACGAUCAGUGAGACCCGCUUUUGCCAGUUUUGCGGGGAGAGCAGGCUAAGCCCACUCUCCCCACAGACAAGCAGGGCGGGAGCCCUGGGCAGCCGGAUCGGCCGCCCACACAACUGCCGGCUCCAUGACGGAGCUGGCAGGGGCUGGGGAAUUCGGGGGCCGCGCAGCCUCCUGAAACUCCAGUAUGCCUUGCGCAAGCACACAGGGCAUACUGGAGAGACCCCCGAGCCGGGAGGCUACUUUUCAGCCUCCCACUGGGGGUCUACUCAAGAUUUAGAAAACCGGGUUUGCGGAGCACUCACUCCACAAACCCGGUUUAAGGGGAGGGCUAGUUUGGUGGGUUAACUGCCAGGAAGCCACCGGGCUCGCUUGCGAGCCUGGUGGCUCCCACUAUCAGGCAAAAUCGGGCUAGGCUCCCCUAGCCCAAUUCUGCCUGAUCGUGGGAAUAGCCCCAUUGUGGGGAAAGUACAAAAAUCUUCAUCUACUAGUACUAGUAGAUACAAAAUUCUUCAUCUACUAGUACUACUACUACUACUACAUCAUUUCCCUGUAAUUUUUAUGUGAUUAUUAUUUAUUUUGUCCUCCCUCCACAUGUAAUGAAAUUGAUAUACAUUAACUUCACACAAACAGCUGAUGAGUGGGUAUGUGUGUGUGUAUCUAUUUAUCUAUAUUGAUUUAAACAGUAUUCUUUUUUAUUAACAGCAUCCUUCUGGGAUCCAUAUACUAUUUGUAUGGAAUUCUGUUUGCCGCUUUUAAAAUCAUCUAUAGCGCUAUAGAUAUAUAGAUAUACCGUAUUUACCUGAAUCUAAGAAACGACUGCUCAACUUUGGCCCUCCUGCAGAUGUUGGCCUACAACUCCCACAAUCCCUAGCUAUUGACCACUGUAGUUUGGAAAUAGGGGAGUUGUAGACCAACAACACCUGUGGGGGGUGAGGGCAAAGUUGCACAGCCCCGAGUCAAGUCCCCCACCUCAGUUCUUUACUGUUAAAUAUAGGGGGAGGGGGUCAUCUUAGAUUCAGACUCCUCUUUAUUUUAGGUAAAUACAGGCAUGAUCUGUAUUUAUCCUCUAUUAAGGCAUUGUCUUACAUUCAGAGUCACCUUCUAUUCAAAUACGGUACACACAGAGAGAGAGAAAACUAGCCAUUAAGGAGAAAAAUUCUAGCUUAGCCUUUUUUCCUGGUGUGCUAGUUUCACAUGUGCAGGGAUUUUUUUUUUAAAAAAAAAUUCAAUCACGUUUCCCUCAUGAAAUGGUAGAGUCCAGAAACAGUUUUACCACUUCACUGGCUGCUGAUGUGAACUGAGCCUAAAUGUCUCCUUGACGUAUUCAAGAUGUGGUUGUGGAAAAUGAAAGAGGACAGCUCCAUGCAUACGUCACAGACUCUCAACACUUCCUGCAAACAGGGCAUUCUGGCUUCACCCACUCUCAGUGGUAUUUGAUUGCUUCCCUUUGCUGGCAGUAGUUGAUUGCUUCCCUUUGCUGGCAGUAUCUAAACCUCAUGCCCAUAUUCAUUCUGAUCAUACUGAUCAGAAGUUGAGUUUUACUUUUUCCCCUUGAUCUCUUUCUGAUCACAAGGCCAACAUCUGAUUGGUUGUGGCUCAGCACAACCAAGCAAAUAAGUGAACUGAAACAGAUGUGUCCACACCAGUGUUCCCUUUAAGGCAUGCACACUUGCCUGCGCUCACAAGUUUUUUGAUGUCCACUCAGUUAAUUUUUGAUCCAACUCAGGUUGAGUCAGGAAGGCCCCACUUUGAAUGCACAUGCACACACACUGCCUUGAUACUCCCACCCAGAACAAAACUCAUUCCGCACAUAGAUGAAAAAAAGUUAGAGAGAAUACUGGUCCACACAGAAUUUGAACCGGUUUAUCCCAAUAUGAUAAUGGGGUUUGGAAGCUCUUAUCUAAAUCAGAGCACAAACGAUGAACCCCCCCCCCAAAAAAAGCUGUCUACAUUUGCAGAUCAAAUGUGAGUCUUUUAAUGAAUUGUUCUAGAGAACCCAAAUUUUUGCUUAAGAUUCUGUGUCUUUUUUAUUGGUCUUAAUAAAGGUAUUACUUGAUUGUGGCUUUUGAAUUUUAAUUAGCACAGCCUUUCAGAUAAUUUUAACCUGUCUUUCAAUAACUUCAAACUAUGUUAAAAAUCUGUGUUAAUAACUGUGCAUCCAGUGCUUUAUUUCUGAUGUUGCAGAAAUCAUGCAGUUGGCCAACCAUGCUGUAGAAGUUAGUUACAAAAUCAUUAACAGUGCAAAUGCCACACUUUUGGAUGAGCAAAGAACAGGUGGCAGAUUUGCAAACUGCUAGGGGACAAAUCCCUUCUUGGCAAAACAUAUAUUCUGAAUGUUAACUAAAUUUAAAAUGUGGAAAUGUUGGCCAACAUUUGAAUUUUCUAUCAAUAUUUUGUUCAGUUCUUUUGGAAAAGAACUUCAGUAGCUAAUGGGUAUUGCAACAAAACAAGCCAGUCUAUGUACAUUUCCUUGCUUAAAAAAAAAAAAUCUGUGUGGGAAAAUCUAGGCCAGAUGAGUUUCUGGGAUUGAAUUACAUUUAUUUUAUAUCAUAUUAAUGAACAGAUAUUUCUCAUGUGGGAAAAGUAUGUUAAGCUUAAAAUGCCAUACAUAUUUUUUCUAUGAGAUACUCCAGCACAGUAGCUAACGGUGGUAGCAAUGUCUCAGACAUCAAACGUCUGCUUACUUUCUUCCAUCUUUCACUGUUGACUCCUCUCAUUUCAUACCUGUCAUGUAUAAUGCUGAAUAAAAUGUCUUUGUAACACUGCUGUAUUUGUACAACCAGGAAGCUGUUUCAAUCCUUGUUCUUUUAAUUAAAAAAAAGUUUUCCAAAUAAAUAAAAUAGGACAUUUAAAAAAAA